AUGCUCAACUGCUUCAAAAAGAUGCACUUAUUGGUGAAGCGAAAGCAAAAGAAGGACUUGUCUGCAAAUAAUUAUGGACAAACUUCACCGUUCUUUUUGGAGCCGAUGUCUGAAGUAGCACUGAGUGAACUGAUUUUGUCCGACUUAAAAAAAGUGCAAAUUAAGCAAACAGAAGUGGCAGAAAAACAGAGAGAAACUUCUAGAUUUGGCAUUGAGAAUUUGCCUGAUGUUGUCCUGGGUAAGAUAAUCUCAUAUCUGCACUGGAAGGAAAAAGAAUGGUUACUGCUGGCGAUUCCUAGCUUGGAGCGUCUAAUGAAUUCACCAUUGGCCUGGGAGAACUUCGAGAAUGAUCGAAGCUACGCUACGGAGAAACUGUAUAUGUACAUUUGUUUUCCAUUCUUAAUGGAACACGAACUUAGUGUUAUUAAGAAAUACGGCAGGUUCUUUCAGACCUGCACACUAUGGAUUCACAAAGUAACGACUUUUGAUAAAGAAAGAGGUAACGAUUUUCGGCUGCUUGGUGCUGUCUCAAAACACUGCCAUGGUCUGAAGGCGCUGUCGAUCAUGCAUACUUCUGACAUCUCAGUGCCGAUGCUCAAGACAUGCGCACAAUCUUACAUUUGGUCUUUGCAGGAACUUGUUCUCAAACGAGGCUCAGGUUUCCGGUUAUCCCUGAAGAGCCUGUUCUAUGCCUCUAUCGAGAGUGUAGAGACGGGCAUUUUCAGUUAUUUAACAUACAUCCAAGAGAAAGGACUUCUUUGUCACCUCUCAUGUUUAGAUUUUUCCCAUGGCCUAAUCAUUGACUUUGGCAGCAAUAAAAUCGCACCCUUUUUAGUGCAGUGUGUGAAUUUAAGAAUACUUAAAUGCCCAAUUCAAACAGUGAACUCAAAUCUAAUUAUUUGCUUGGUCAAGAAGAAUUUAUCAGAACUAUACGUAGUCAACGAUGACCACACACAGCAGACAUGUUUCUCUGAGAAAAUCAUGAUGGACUGGAAUAAAGUCAACUGUGAACUGUCAAUGGUUAUGAAAUACAAAUUCAACGUCCAUUACAUUUUUAAAAACCGAACAGUCUGCAACGAAGAUAUGAUCCCAAAUCCGUUUCUGAAGUCCCUUAUAUUUGAUAAUCUUUCCAGCAAUAUUUCUGCGUCGCUUCUUCAUCAUAUCGCCAAUUUAUACGGCCAAACGAUACUGAAUUUAGCCUUCUGCAGCAACUACUGGGAGUUUCUGAUGCAUUUUGCCGAUUUAGGACGAAUCAAUGAAAGUUUCAAAUAUUUGGGACGGAAAUGUCUUUAUCUAAAAUCGUUUCUUUCUUGCCUGUCUCUGCCAUCAUCAGCGUUAUUUUGCCUAGUCGUUCAUUCCAGGCACUUGUCCACAGUUCGAGUUUACAAAGAAAAUGUUCGACUGUCCGUCUCAGACAAGCCUGAAGGGUUUUUCCUACAGAAGAUGGCCGAGGCCCUAGGCACUCCAAGCUGGGACAUGGUGAAGAAGGGAGACAAUAUCUUCAUCGUCCCUAGUGUCAACUGCAAAUUACUGUUCGCUAGUUGUUUCAGCGAAUUUUAA